CAGAAGCCAUGACGAAAGCAGGAAAAAACAGCAAGAAGUGGUGGGCUUUCUGGAAGCUAAUAAAAUCGACUUUAAGGAAUUUGAUAUAGCCGGAGAUGAAGACAACAGGAAGUGGAUGAGAGAGAACGUCCCUGGAGAGAAAAAACCUCAAAACGGGAUCCCUUUGCCUCCCCAGAUCUUCAACGAAGAGCAGUAUUGUGGGGAUUUUGAUUCUUUCUUCUCUGCAAAAGAAGAGAAUAUUAUUUAUUCAUUCCUUGGCUUGGCUCCCCCUCCAGGCUCAAAGGCGACACAGCCGCCUGAGGAAGAACCGUCCCUGCCCAAUGGCGAGGUCGUGGGCGAGGCGCAGAGCCCCGCAGAGGGCACAGAGAAGGCCGGAGAAAGUGGAGAAAAUGAGGCACCGAAAGAGGACAAGGAAGAUGAGGGCGACCUCACCGAAGCCGGAGCGGAGAAGGCAGGAGAGGUAACGGAGGAGGGAGCAGAAGGGGACGCGGAGGGAGAGGAAGCUGAAAAAGGAGAAGAAGAAGCAGGAGAAGAAGAAGGAGGAGAAGAUUCUUAGGCCUUUUGUGCUUUAUUUCUUCAACGUUCCCAGAAAACCCAAGUCAUGAAGCAACACUUCAACUGUCUCGCCACAAACCAGACUCAACAAACGCUUUGGCCCGAAGCUAGCCCACCUCUCAGAACACCCGGGGCUCACCGAGGAAUUGGACUAUCUGACACAGUUCGGUGUACGUGGAUCCCUCUUCCUACCAUAUCAACAUGAAGUUCAUUGUCAAGACAACACGUGCAUACCUUCAUGGGCCUAACAUUUUGGGCCUUUGUUUAAUUUUCUCUCUUCUUUUUUUUUGCUCUGCAUGAGUAGACCUUCUUACUAAUACCCUGAAAAAAAAAUGAUUUCAAAAUAUAGAAUUCCUCUUUGUGCUAUGCCAAGAGUAAUUCUUUGUAUGGGCCUUCUGCUACUUGUCUCAGAAUUAGCUUUCGAAACGUAGCGCCUUCCAGAGAACAAGCAUACAAAUAAAGAUGAAUAGCAAAGACCUUGA